UACAAGCCGGCUUAACGCUCCAUGUACAUGUGAUGUUUAUGGAAUUGUACCAGGUGGAAUUCCAUUUACCACUCUGACAUCCUGGCUAUUCAUACUUCCCGUUCGAUAUAUGCAGCAUUUUUGUUCAGUUUCCAACUAAGCCACAGGUACAUGCACAUGUACUGUACACGCACCUGCAACUUCUUCCCUCCACCGAUUUUGACAGACUAAAGAUUAGUGAUCUAAGAUGUCACCACAUGGUCACCAUCACGACCCAGACGAAGAGGAGCAAGCCCGCCGGCUGAGCGAGCUUCAACGCCGGUCAGAGGGGCUCAAAGAUGAAGAAGGAUUCCUACACGACAAAUACAAUUUAUUGAGGUAUCUGCGGGGUUACGACUGGGAUGUAGACACAGCUUUCCUUAAACUCAAAGCGACCUUAGAAUGGCGACAAGAAAUCCGACCAUGGGAGGCUGACUGUAAAUACUGUGAAGAGAGACCGGGGUUCCAUUCAUGGAGACAGGUUGGAAUCGAUAAGCUUGGUCGACCAGUGGUGUACUCAUCAUUCGUACAGGCAGCCAGGCACUUCACUGGAGAGGACAAUGUACAGCACACGCUAUUCCUGAUGGAAAACGCUAAGAAAUGCAUGAAACCCGAGGAAUAUAAAUGGGUCUGGGUACUAGACUGCUCAGGUUUGAGCCUUUCUGCGUGCAGUCCUCACCUAGCCCGCGCCGUCAACCACGUGGUAGCUGAACACUAUCCCGAGCGAAUGGGUCUCAUUAUCGGUAUUAAUCAUGGAAUCUUCUUUGAGGGAAUCUGGCGAGGAUUUAAACUCUUCGUCCACCCCAGGACGGCCAAUAAGCUACGACUCUGCCGCGGUUCGCAUGUCGAUGAGACGUUCCGAGAACUCUUCCCGGAGGAUUUACGGGUGUGGCUCCACCGUGAGAUUGAGCUGAACGCUCAGCGCCACGUCUCGCAGGCUCAGAUACAAUUCUGGAGGAAGCCGGAAGAUAGUGGGGCGCACGAUCCCCGGGGUAGCCCCUCCUAUGUCAGUCAGUACAUCGAUAGAUACUACAAAGAUGUCGUCUUGGCAGAGACGAAUGACAAUGAAACAGUGAAGGAGACGAGAAUUCAUCGACCACAUCCAAACAUUAUGCAAGCUUUACGAGCAGAGGUGAUAGAUAAAGAGUCAGCUAGUACAACUGAAACUGACUGACGUAAAACUUGGAUUAUUUAAAUGAGUUAAGGAAGGGGUGGAGUCAAAAUAAAGGCGGAGUUAGAAUAGGUGCAGAGUCAGAAUAGGAAGGAUAAAAAGCAAUACAAAUCAUAAUAUUUUUUAAUAUCUUUUACUGCUUACACAAGCAAAGCACACAUUCUGGAAUUUGUAUCCUGAUGGAGUCAUUUCUUUGCUCUCGUGUAGUAUAGUUGUCGAGUUUGAAAGUGUACUUUCAAAAUGCUCCUAUUUUAACCAGAAUUAAUUUCCUGGGCUAAUAUCCCUUACAUAAAAUACUUCAAUUUGCGACGCAUCAACGGACCUUGGAAAUUCCUAGUUUUUGAGUUAAAUCCAUAUGUCUAUUUCGUGAUAACCUUGUGGAGACGUAUUCACCUAUAGAAAUUGCUCUGCGGAGACAUAUACAAUCUUUUGUUCCCUAUUAUGCACAUGUCUCCACAGGGUACCGUGAACCUGAUCACAAAUACGUGAACAGAAUCUAAACAAGCAGACAGAUUUUUUUUUUUAUCAAACAGAGAUAAUUUAUUCAAGAGUUUCAUAUCUAUUCCUCAACCCCUUAAAAAUUGAAAUAUUUUAUAUAUAUAUACAAAAUAGAAAUUUUACACAAAACGAGCUGGCUUUUUCAUCGAAGCAAAACAACAACCAAAACAUUCCUUGUCAAUUUAUAAAGCGACAAUUUAGCAGUGAACUAAAAACAGUUUAAAAAAAAGGAACAAAUUUAUACAGAGUGUUGAAUAGAAGACAUUGUGCUUAUACAUUAUAUAAUUUUUCAACAGCACACUCAAAGAAUACCUAGUCCGAUCUCCAAUGUCUUCUUAAGGAGGCAUUUAUUUGACUUGGUCUGUCAUGAAAAUAAUACUGAAUUUAAAGUCCACUUAGUUAGAGAAAUCUAAAAUCACACCCAACAAUUUCAAAGCCUACAGUCCAAUGAUCCUCCUCUGUACUUUUAUUGGAAGACAUGAUUUUAGAUACACCUAAACCUGUACAAUACCUUUCUUUCUAAAUUUCCUCGGGUAUAUUGCCAUUAUAUAAACAGCAGUAUGGAGUUUUAAUUUCUUUGGCUUUCUCAGAUUUUUUUUUUUUCAGUAAAGUAAUUUUUUGCAUUAAGUAUGCCGGUGCUUACAAUAGUAUACCACGCAUGAUAUGGGACGGAGGGGUACCCCCCCCCAAAAAAAAUCUCCCUGGACCCUAUGCAAACCCUACUGUUACUGACUAUUGUUACCUAACACAUCCCCCAGAUAUCUCAAGGCUUCCUGAGAUUCUGGUAACACAAUGACCAACACAAAAGAGGGGGAGGGGGUUCCCUCUGUCCCAUAUCGUGCUACAAAUGUAUUUAAGGGGAGAAAUUUAAGAGACAAAAAAAUAAGCAGUGAAUUUAAUUCUUUUAUGUACAUGAUAAACUCUUAUCAGUAAUAAGGCUCUUCAGCCAGGUUUGUGGAAAACCCAAAUAAUAAGAAAAGUACAAUCAUAUUAUAUGUGACUUUUAGUCCCACAGAUUGUUGUUAUAUGGCAGAUGUAUGGACAAGUGGAAUAGUAUUUUUACAAUACUUGAGAAUCUGAAUAAAUUAUUGCAGUAAACUGAGUCUCUGUAUUAAA